AUGGCGGAUCAGGGCAACAUCCGAACGCAACUCCGCAACCUUCCGGUUCUAGAAGGUCCAUUCGCCAAGGUGAACUUUGCCAACUUUCCUGACACCCCUCAGGAUGCUUUCAGACGGUGGUUGGACGAGGCGAUCAUGGCCGGCGUUAAAGAGCCCCAUGCCAUGACGCUGGCCACGGUUGACGAACAAGGUUACCCAGACGCUCGGGUCCUCAUCCUGAAGAAUGUUGAUGAUCGUGGCUGGCACUUCGCCGUCAAGGCAGAUAGCCCGAAAGCUCAGCAGCUGGAGACCAAUGGACAUGCCGCCCUCACAUUCUACUGGCCUCAGGUCGGUCGGCAAAUCCGGCUGCGCGGAACAGCUAUGCCGCUGCCAGAGGCUGAGUGCAGGGAGGACUUCGCCGAGCGUCCGUUCAAAUCGAGGAAUGUACCGCAUUGUCGGGGCAAGAGGACGGCUUCCAGAAGUGGAGAGUGUAUGCCGUUACGCCAGUGGCGGUUGAAUUUUGGCAAGGGUCAAACGAUCGCCUUCAUUAUAGGCUACGAUAUGUGCCGGGGAGAGAACAGGGCCAUUGGCAACGGGACCAAUUGUGGCCAUGACAUUCUCUACGUCGCCGAAACGGCGUUCGACAGCUGGUCCCAAUCUAUUGCCCGGGGCGACUACGACCGGGUGGCGACGGCAUACGACGACGCAUUGAAGGCCAACACAGCGCUGCGCAUCGAAUACCGGACAUGCGACGAGCCAUGCCAAUGGCGCCUCCUCAUGCUAACGCCGUUCGGCGAGGAAGAACUGCGCGGACUUCCUCUCGGCACCGACGGGGGUUCCUACUGCACAAUCACGGAUAUCACCGAGGAGAAGCGGGCGGAGAUCUCACAGAAGAAGAUCGCCGAAGAGGCACAACGGCGGAAGGAACAACAAGAACGCUUCAUCGAUAUGAUUAGCCACGAAGUCCGGAAUCCGCUUUCCGCCAUUCUCCAUUGUACCGAAGACAUUUUGGAAGCCGUGCAGCAGAAGGAUCGACGGGACAUCCGGGUCGAGGACAUUGCGCAAGCGGCGGAAACCAUCAGUCUUUGCGUUGCACAUCAGAAGAAGAUUGUCGACGAUGUGCUGACGUUUUCGAAGUUAGACGCAGAAAUGUUUACCUUACUACCGCGGCGCGUCCAGCCACGACAACAUCUAGCCAUGUCGCUAAUGAUGUUUCGACCGGAACUGCGGAAACAUGACAUCGACUUCGAAUACAAGCUGGACCACUCCUACGCCGACUGUGGAGUCGACUGGGUUAUCGCCGAUCUCGACCGCAUGAGUCAAGUCCUCGUGAACCUCGUCUGCAAUGCGAUCAAAUUCACGGCCAAGGCGGGCGACGAGAAGAAGAUCUCCGUAUUCAUGGGCGCCUCCAAAGUGCGCCCGACGUCCUACCCACCCAACGUGGUCUUCUUCAGCUCCGGUGAGUCGGCCCUGCGGCUCAAUGCGACAAACCGGCCCGAGUGGGGGGAGGGUGGCGUGGCCUACAUGAUGGUCGCCGUAAAGGACACGGGCAUUGGCAUCAGCGAGGAAGCGCAGAAACGGCUCUUUGAACGAUUUAAUCAAGCCACCCCGAGAACGGAGUCGAUCUACGGCGGGUCGGGGCUCGGCCUCAACGUCAGUCGAAGACUCUGCCAUUUACACGGGGGCGAAAUCGGCGUAAGCUCGAGGGAGGGUCACGGAAGUACAUUCGGCUUCUUUUUCACCGUUCGUCGAAGCGUCGAGAGCUCCCCGACCAAGCCGCCUCGACAAGAACAGGGGGCGAUCGCUCAGUUAUGCCGGGACGUCCAAGCACUCAGCAGCGAGGUGACGGAAGGGACGACCGAGAUUGUCAAUCCAGCCAUUCCCACCAGUCCUGAGAUGACCCAUGUGAAGGAAGUCUCUCCCAGCGCGUCCAAGGACAGGACCUGGCAGCAUACCGCCCAAAUUGCCUACGACGCCGGCGACACAGAGGUGAUGCGUCACAGUCCUAGCACAGUCCAGUCCGCCGACCGACCACAAUAUCUCCAGAAAGAACCAUGUCAAUCACCACGGUCUCAGCCCGGCGCAACCAAAGAACGACGGGUGCUAGUGGUAGAAGAUAAUGUGAUCAACCAGCGUAUUGUGGCGCGUAAGCUCGAGUCCUUGGGGUUUCGGGUGACCGCGGUCAGUAACGGGCGCGAGGCUCUGGAUAGGGUCCAGCAAGGUACAUUCGACUGCAUCUUAAUGGAUCAGGCGAUGCCGGUGAUGGACGGAAAUUCGGCGACGCGAGCCGUUCGCGAUCUCGAGAAACAUGGGAUGGCGCAUGUCCCGGUUCUGGGCGUCACUGCAAAUGUCCGGGCGGAGCAGCAAGCGGAGAUGAAGGCGGCUGGCAUGGACGACAUUAUUCAUAAGCCAUACAAGAUGCGAGACCUCUGCGACAAGAUUCAGCAGUUGAUGGGGUGA